AUGGGGAAGGCGAAGGCUCCCGCUCCGAAGAAGGCGAGUGCUUCCGGCAGCGGUUCCGGUUCUAGCCGCGGCUCCGCGCCAGGCAAGCGCGGAGUCAUGGAGAUCCCGUCCUUGUCUGAUAUGGGUCCGGCGACUAAGGGGGCGAAAACGAGCUUCGACAAGCGGGGCGUUCCAGGCGAUGAUGCGGUGCACGUCGUCUGCCUGGAAUACUCGCAGGACGGCAGCAAGUACGGCGAUCAGUUCGAGACGGGCCCCUUGAUUCAAGCCGCCACGAUUUGUAGCCUCACUCCAUCUCCUCUGUGCAUGCAGAAAAAAGUUGUGGAGAUGUUCGGCGCCCAGCACUCGGCUGAUGACGGGGAGUCUCCGCCGAAGAGCCUGGAUGAAGUCCUUGACACAUAUCAGGCGGCUUUCUCGUACACGUCGAAAAAGUCUACCGAUGAAGACGGCGUCGGCUGGGCCAAAAACGCCGCUGCGUGGUACGUGCCAGCUGCGAAGAUUAAGGACUUCCUCAUGUACUACGACGAGGUCAUUGCGUGGCGCUUCAAGUUCCAGGACGAGGAGUUCGACAGCAUCACAACGCCGACGCAACCGAAGAUCAUGGUUCACGUCCCAUCGCAGGCCGCGUGGAAGCCCGUCGUCGACGCUACGCAGGAUGAGCUAAAGUGCGUCUUCGAGAUCAAGGAGGAGGAGACCUGCAAGCCCAUGGGCGUAUCGGUGUUUGGAGUGCCGCCGCCAACGUUCCCGCGCAGAGUUGUCAUCGUGCAAUUCGAGCUCACCGCUGACGGGUCGAAGGCCCACUGGGUCUUCGCUGGCAACACUAUGCCUUUCAAGUCUGGCUUCGUGGAGCACAAAAUAUCAGGUCGGUCUUUCAAGAGCCCCAUGUCCGAGUACCCUCAGUUUUUCAGGAUCAUCGAGCACGUGGACCUCACCGACACCCAGAAGGCGAUCGACAUGCUGAAGGACAUCGUGACUGACAUUCUGAAGAAGACCCCGGUCGUCCUCCGCCUCAAGGAGACGAAAGCGGAUUCGUGCCACAUCCGUAAGGUUGUGAGCGCCUUUGGAGAGGAGGAGUUCCCGAACGUGCGCAGCGAGAUCAGCGAUCACUGA